AUGGGUGCAUGGUAUGAUCUGGUGGUGAAGAAGGGAGAUUCAGUCACUCUAUACUCUGAUCUCACUCACGUGAAGUAUACUCCACAGAUUCAGUGGUGCUUUGGUAAUCAAAACACUUUAAUCGCUGAAAUCAUUGAGCAGGCUGACAGAUUCACUGUGUAUGAUGAUGUUCUUGAUGGGAGAUUCAGAAACAGAUUGAAGCUGGACAAUCAAACUGGAUCUCUGACCAUCACCAACACCACAUCUGAACACGCUGGAGAAUAUAGAAGAUACAAGGGAGGUUUUUUCAUUGGACGUUCCCCACGAAGAAAUAUCAGCGACGGAGGGAGAUUCAGUCACUCUCACUUUAAUCAGACUGAAAUCAGAGGAAAUUUCAAGGUACUUUGUAAGUCUGAAACAGAAAAUGAGUUCACUUUUGUCAAUUAUAGUCUGUUUGAGAGAUUCAGAGAAAGAGUGGAGCUGGACAAUCACACUGGAUCUCUGACCAUCACCAACACCAGACCUGAAGAUGCUGGACUUUAUAAACUGGACUUUAAGACAUCAAAAGCAUUCAGAGUUUCUGUCUACGCUCGUCUGCCGCUUCCUGUCAUCAGCAGUAACUGCUCUUCAUCAUCAUCAUCUUCCUCAAACUGCUCACUGUUGUGUUCGGCGGUGAACGCGAGUCACAUGACUCUCUCCUGGUACAGAGGAAACAGUUUAUUGUCCAGCAUCAGUGCGUCUGAUCUCAGCAUCGGUCUCUCUCUACCUCUGGAGGUGGAACAUCAGGAUAAAAACAUCUACAGCUGUGUGAUCAACAACCCCAUCAGAAACCAGACUCAACAUCUGGACGUCAGCAGACUCUGUCACACGUGUUCAGACUCUCAACACUGUUGUGGUUUUACUGAAGCUGUGAUCCGAUUGGUCCUCUCCGCUCUGGUGGGCGUGGCUACUGUCCUUAUUCUUGUGUAUGACAUCAGAUGCAGAAGAGCUGAACAUGAACGAACACAUAUUCACCCAACAGGUUCACGAUUGAAGUAAUUUCUUAAAAACUGCUGCAAAUAUCAAUAUUUGCCAGAUUUAUUAAUUUAUGCCUUUUUGUGUUUUUCAGGAAGUACUGACAUCUAAAGCAGAAUGUGCGUUUUUUGUUCUAUUGCUCGUCAAAUGAUUAUUAUUUGCAAUUGCACUGUUCAUUUUAGUGUCAGAUUUUUGUAAAAAUCCAAUUUACUUUGUUUACUUUUCCCUCACAUACAUGACAUGCAUAAAACAAAUUAAUAAAGAAACACAAGUAUCUCACUUUAAUACCCCUGUCCACUUCUUCGUCUGUACUUAUCUUUAUUAAUAAAGUUUUCACACUCUGAGGUUUUAGAAUCUGUCCAUGUUUUAUAUUGAGCACCUUCUGAAGGAAAACAAACUAUAUGCAUAUUUUGAUUUCAGCAGAGCAUUUGUAAAUGUUUACAACAGUACCAAAACUAAUUAAU